AUGUUGUGGGAUUCAAUCAGGAAAGACUAGUUUGAACACAUCAAUGUUAUCUUAAGUGCUAAUUUUCCAGUCAAUGCUCCCUUGAAUAUCUUAGGUUUAACAGCAUUGCAUUAUGCGUGUUCUUCUGGUAACCAAUAAGUGCUUGAUACAAUUUUCAACUUUAAUCCUGAUGUUAAUUAUGGACGAACUCCUUUGCACAUGGCUGCCUCGAAUAACUAGAUAACAGCUUUGAAUAUGCUGCUCAAUCAACCUACAAUUGAUAUAAAUGCUUAAAGCAGUGGAGGAGAAACAGCACUUCACAAAGCUAUUGCUUUUAGUUCAAGAGAAUCAAUUGAAAUCCUAAUGCAGCAUCACCCUAAUUUGACAUUGUAAAACACUUCAGGAUUCGAUCCAGUGCAAUUUUCAAGGAUAUCUUCACCAGGCAAUAAUCUGUUCAAUAUUGUGUCUCAAUAUCUAACCACAUUAAACUAUCCACCACUAUUGCAUUUGCAAUAGAAUCAACUUCAAAUCACAGAUCAAGAAAUGAGCGAAGAAUAGGGUAAUUGA